CAUCGUGCACACAUGAUCAGAUGCGACAACCCGGGACAGCCGUGUACUAGAACGCGCAACUUAAUGGCCAGAUCACAUCCACUGUCCGUCACAUAUACUGCUUUGUUCCUAAGCAAUGGCGGCCCCAAGUCGAUGGGGCUCGUUACUCUCCCAGGCUGUGGCCGGAGUUGAGGCCCGUCUGGACAAAGUCCUCGCCGAUAAUGAGGACGGUGCAGUGCAACAGAAGGAGACCAAGCCAGCAACACCUGCGCCUUCGGCCAAACAAAGUCCUGGGUCGCUAGCAGGUCCAUCGAGAACCGCCUCGACCACCCGCACCAAUGAUCGGCUCCAGGAACGACUGGCGAAAGCCAUGGCUGCCAAAGCCGCAGCCCGGUCGUCAAUGUCCGCUCAGGGGAGUCCGCGCCAGAGCCUUGACGUGCUGAGCCGCACCUCAACCGACAGCGUGGACCGCCCCAGUCCGACUGUGAAGGACUUUCCCAGGGACACACCAUCGCCACGUGGUUCGCAGGACAUUGCGAGACAAUCUCAAGAUGACGAUGUGGCCGACAUGCCGGAGAAAGGCGUCUCGUCCGCCAGCGAGAGGAAGGAUCAGGAGUUGGCGGGGAGGGUUGAUGGUGAUGCAAGGAGUGUGACAGGGGCGCCACCUGUUACAUCCGUAAACCCGGAGAGCACACCUGUCAUAGGAGUGCCCGAGCCCAUCACCAACAUAGAAACGAAGACGGCCUCCGAUGACGCCGACGUCGAGGAGCCCGUGAAGAAUGAGGACAAGACGCUCGCAGACGCUCAACUGCAGCACCAGGAGGAGGUCCACGGGUACGUGGAGCGCAUAGACGCAUUAGAGGCCAAACUUCAGUUUCUUGCCAGGGAGGCUACGGACUCGGCCCGGAAGGCGGCUUUGGCCGCGCCGGCGGAAAGCAUCGAAAAGAAGCUGGCCGAAAAGGAUCAGCAGAUUGCGCAGCUGAUAGAAGAAGGGAAGAAUCUGGCAAGCGUAGAUCACAAGAACCGCUCGCUUGUGAAGAAGCUGCGCGCUAAUAUCGCGGAGAAUGAGAAAGAGCUGGGCAGCCUCAGAACAGCGAAGGACAAGUCCGACAGAGAGAUGGAAAAGCUGCGCAGCCGCGCUCGCCGAGCCGACGAGCUGGAGAAGAUGAACGACGACCUUCAGAAGCGGUUUGACCAGGCACAAAAGGAGCUCAGCACAUUGCGACCAGGGAUCCGCGCUAAAGACAGCACCAUUGCGGAGCUGCAAAGCCAGUUGCAAAAGGCCAGCGAACAAAUGGAAGCUAUGACGGCCAGGGUGAACGAACAGGCACGGGAACAGGAUAAGCGGCGAAUCUCGGACUUGGAAGAAGAAGUGGCCGCCCUUAAAGUGGAAAAGAACCUGGUCGCCGACCGGGCCAAGGCACAAGCCGCUGAGCUGCGAGAGAAGGCAGAACGGGCCAACGAGAGAACACGGGCGCUCGAGUUGGAACUCAAGGCAGAGGUGCAAGUGAUGGAGAGCAAGCUUGAGGCGAUGCGGAUGCGCGCUGAGGAGGCGUCGUCAGGCGCUGCAGGUGAUUCGCAAGCGAAGCUGCUGCGGCAGGUUGAGACGCUGCAGACGCAGUACUCAAUCGCCAGCGAGAACUGGCAAGGUAUCGAGACAACGCUCCUGGCCCGGAUCACCGGCUUGGAAAGGGAGCGGGACGAGGCGCUGCAGAGGGAGUCGGAAAUGCGGAAGAAGGCUAGAGAGGCGGCUGUCCGGGCAAAGCGCCAGGCGGAAGAGUUGGAAGAGGCGAAGACCAAGAUCCCUACGAUCCAGGAGGACGUCAAGUCCUAUCAGACCCAGCUCGAUGCGCUCAAGAAAAGAGCGGAAGCAGCCGAAGCAACACUAGCUAAAGCCAAGGCUGAAUUCGAGAAGCAAAAACAAGCCUGGGAGGCCGAACGAGAAGAGCGCCAGCUCCGCGAGCCGCCAGAACGGCCGCGAUCCUGGCUGGAAGGACUCCCUGGCGGCUCAUUCCUCAAGCCCGAGAGUCGACCAGCCUCGCCACAACUCACCAACCAGCAACGGACCUUCAGCACUGACUUCCUCGGCAUCUCGUCCCUCACGAGCAAGGCCCGCAAGGUCUCUGCCCCCUCGAGCAACAGCGACGCUGGUGUAAGCGGUCUCGAGUCCCGUAUGCCCUUCUCCCGCCGCCCGUCGGCCCAACCGCCGUUCCGACCACCCCUAGUAUCCGCCCCGCCGGCAAACAGCAUCUUCAGUCCAGGCUCUGUCUUCAGCCCCACCUCCGAGACCCCGUCUCACCACGGCGGCGCAAAUCCGCUCGACAGGGAGGUCCAGCGAGGCGAGGAUGCCUUCGAGGGCGGCGUCGAGAGGUCGGCUUCACCGCAGCAGGUCCUGCAGGACAUGGUGUCUGUCUCGACCGUGGCCGCGGGCCCCUCAGUGCAGCUCGUCGAACGCAUGAGCGCUGCCAUACGCAGGCUCGAGAGCGAGAAGGUGGCGGCGAGGGAGGAGCUGGCGAGGAUAUCGCGCCAGCGGGACGAGGCGAGGGCCGAGAUCGUGGCGCUUAUGCGAGAGGUCGAAGGUGGCAAGGCAGCGGUGAAGAAGGUGGAAGUGCUGGAAGCGGAGGUGGCCGAGAUGAAGGAGAGGUACGAGACCACGUUGGAGCUGCUUGGGGAGAAGAGCGAGCUGGUCGAGGAGCUCAGGGCGGAUGUGGAAGACGUCAAGGCUAUGUAUAGGGACUUGGUGGAGAGGACUAUCAAGUGAAUGGAUGUCAAGUGACUCACUGGCAUAGUUAAGAGCAUUAUGGAAGCACCGCGUUUCCCGUGUGGGCUGAGAUCUUUGCAUGGCCGACUAGUGUCUCUCGGGUGACACCACCAUCGAGUACGCCCUUACUUU